AUGACGCUGAAAACAGGCAGUGUUGGAAAUCUGGAUUCCACAUUAACACUGACUUCGACCUCUCUUGGCCAGACACGGGAUCUGCAUGUUGGUCAACGGCCAGUUUCCGGGGCCACGCUUGUAGCAGACUGGGGAGACACCAUCGUCGUGAACGUCAAGAACUCUAUGCAGUACAACGGCACAGGUCUUCACUGGCAUGGCAUUCGUCAACUGGGGACCGUUGAGCAGGACGGCGUGCCAGGGAUAACUGAAUGCCCAUUGGCAACUAACGAUUCGAGAACCUACAAAUUCAAGGCGACCCAGUACGGCACAUCCUGGUACCAUUCCCACUUCAAUGCUCAGUAUGGCAAUGGCCUGCUUGGUGGAAUACAUAUAAAUGGCCCAUCCACCGCAAACUAUGAUAUCGACUUGGGACACUUCUUUGUGUCCGACUGGUACUAUGAUACUGCCGAACAGGAUGCGCUUAGAACAGCUGCUGCCUUUCUAGGCGCGCCUGCUGUAGGCAACGCUGAUACCGUUCUCGUCAAUGGGACAAAUAAGUCCCCUGACAACUCAACUGGCUCUUGGUCGACAACCACAAUAAUUCCUGGCAAAACGUACCGAUUGAGGGUCGUUAACUCCGGCGUGGACAACCAAAUUCGCAUCUCUCUGGAUAACCACCCAUUGACUAUCAUCGCUAAUGAUCUCGUGCCUAUCGAGCCUAUUACCGUUGACACCCUCUUAAAGGGCACAAAGCCAUCGGAUCCAACCUCGUCUGCGUAUCCCGAUCCCGGCGACUGCAAUGAACCAAGUCCGCUUCGUCCUUGGAUUCACCAGACUGUCCCAAAUAACACAUUUGUGGAUAAUGUUGAUUCACUCAUACUAGCCUUCACGGGAGUAACUUUCCCUGGUGUCAAUGGUACCGGAAUCAGCUGGACUUUCAACAACACCGGUAUACUGGUUGACUGGUCGGACCCAACCCUAAAGUACGUCGUCGAGCACGACAACAACUUCAAUAAGAACAUGAGUGUGAUCAAGCUUCCCGGGUAUAAUGAGUGGGCCUUCUGGGUCAUUCAAGCCAAAGAUGGCGCAAAUACAGUCUCUCCUAUCCCACAUCCAAUGCAUUUACAUGGUCAUGACUUUUUUAUCAUCGGUCAGAAAGAAAACGCAAUAUUCGACAAUGAGGCUGACUUCCAGAGCUUAAAUUUUACGCGUCCUCCCCGUCGCGACGUUGCUCUGUUGCCUAAUUAA